AUGUCCAAACGAAUCCACGCCUUUUUUCAACCCAUCCCCAAGAAGUCUAAGACCGAAGAUGUCGAGACCGAAGACAUCACGCGCACCAACCACCCCACGUACCCUUUUCCCAUCGCCGACCUGCCAUCGCAUAUCGCCAACUCCUUGAAAGACCCCGCCAAACCCGCCCGGUCAAUUACCAACCAACCCGAUCUCGACCUGCUCUACUUCCAACCGCUACUUUCAGCGUCCGUCGCACGCGAUCUCUUCCACUUCCUCCGCGCCGAACUCCCCUUCUACCGCGUCCAAUACACGAUCCGUCGCGGUGGCAUCGACACGCAGAUCAACACGCCACGAUUCACCACCGUGUUUGGUGUCGACGAGACAUCGCAAUUCCACAUCCCUCCCACAGAUUCACCACAGUCAGGAUCACUACCACCAUCCUCCUCCCUCAUCGACACCCAGAAGCAAAUCCCCGUCCCCAAAACCAGAUACGCGCGCCCCCCGCGCCCCAUCCCACCCUGCCUCUCCGCCCUUCGCCACCUCGUCGAACGCGUCUCCGGCACAACCUACAACUUCUGCCUCGUCAACUACUACGCGUCGGGAAACGACAGCAUCACGUACCACUCCGACGACGAGCGAUUCCUAGGCAAUGAUCCCACGAUCGCAUCGCUGUCGCUGGGCGCGAAACGCGACUUUCUCAUGAAACACAAACCUCCGACAUCUACAUCAACUACCAAUGUCCCUCCAGCACUCGAGUCCAAACCAUUGAAAUUCCCGCUCGCCUCAGGCGACAUGAUCGUCAUGCGCGGCCCGACACAAGCUCACUGGCUACACAGUAUCCCGAAGCGCAAGGCAGAGGUCGGAGGGGCCGGACAGGGGCGGAUCAAUAUUACGUUUCGGAGGGCGGUGGUUCCUGGGGGGACGGACAAUUAUUAUCGGUAUAAUGUGGGAGAUGGGGGAGUUUAUCGAUGGAGUGACGCGAAGGGGGAGAUGGAGUUGAUUAGUGACGAGUGUAAAGGAUAG